ACUUUCUCUCUCUUCUUUCUCUCUCCUCUCCUUGUAAUUCUUGUCUCCUCCUUCUCCCAUGGUUCAACCCCUCACAACAUGGUUCAAGAAACAUGCAAGAAAUGUGCAGCCACCACUCCAAAUCUCAGCUACGCCUUCUGUGUUUCGUCUUUAGAAUCCGAUGAUCGGAGCCGCUCGGCAAAUCUCCACAGACUUGGGCUCAUCUCCAUGGAUCUACUGCGCCACAACUUAACCAGCACACGACGUGAAGUCAAGAAGCUUUUGAGGAACAAGACAUUGGAUGGGUUCGUUAAGGCGCGUUUAGAUGAUUGUUUGGAGCUUUAUUCUGAUGCGAUUCCGACGCUAAAAGAAUGUAAAAGGGAGUAUAAACAGAAGCGUUUUAAUGAUGCAAAUGUGAAGGUUAGUUCAAUCAUGGAAGCUCCUUCAACUUGUGAAGAUGGGUUUCAUGAAAAACAAGGCGUGGUUUCACCGUUGACUAAGAAUAAUAAGAAUGUUUUUCAGUUAGCUGCGUUGACUCUCUCCAUCGUCAACAUGAACAUGCAUCUUCAAUGAAAUUUUAUGUUAUUCCUCUCUUAAAUAUAUGUGUAAGUUUGAACUUUUGAUUCGUAUCUAUUAAGUCUUUCGUUCCUUGGAUUAU